CGCGCACUCAAGUGGCCAAGACCGCAAGUGUGGGGAUUGGGACAGGGUCUCUUUUAACUGUAGUUCAUCUUUCAACUGUAGAAUGUAGUUCAACUACAUUCAACAUUGAUUUAAAGGAGUAAAUUAAUCAGUCCUCGUGGUGGCGUAGUGACUCGCCUCAAUCCGGGUGGCGGAGGACGAAUCUCAGAUGCCUCCGUGUUUGAGACCGUCAAUCGGCGCAUCUUAUCACGUGGCUUGUUGAGCGUGUUACUGCGGAGACCUAGUGCAUGUGGAGGCAUCACGCUAUUCUCCACGGCAUCCACGCACAACUCACCACGCGCCCCACUGAUAUCGAACCACAUUAUAGCAACCACAAGAAGGUUACCCCAUGUAACUCUACCCUCCCUAGCAACCGGGCCAAAUGCUUAGGAAGCCUAUUUGGAGUCACUCAGCACGCCCUGGAUUCGAACUUGCGACUCCAGCUAUUAAAUUAAGAGGAAAACUGUUGCUAGAGCACAACCAAAUGUCAGUACAUCAUGCAAGUGCCUGAAGAAGACACACCGAUGCUGGCAGUAUGCACUGAUGAAACAGGAACACUCUUUUUGAAACAUGUUCCUCGGCCUGAACUCAGAGAUGGGCAGCUGCUAAUCCAAGUCACUGCCACUGCUUUAAACAGGGCUGACCUGCUACAGAAAAGAGGUCUUUAUCCACCUGAGCAUGGAGAGAGUGAAAUCUUGGGUCUAGAGGCCAGCGGGGUGAUCGCUGCCGUCGGCCUUGGAGUCAAGGGCAGCUGGAAGCUGGGAAGUGAAGUGAUGGCUUUGCUCAGUGGAGGUGGCUAUGCAGAAUAUGUAGCUGUUCCGGAAGAACUCGUCAUGCCUGUUCCAUCCCACCUCACACUUUAUCAGGCCGCAGCAAUACCUGAGACCUGGCUCACUGCCUACCAACUUCUGCAUUUCAUAGCUAAAGUGAAGCCAAAUGAGACGGUGUUGAUUCAUGCUGGAGCGAGUGGAGUCGGCACUGCAGCCAUUCAGCUGGUUCGGUUGUGUCGUGCUGUUCCAAUAGUGACUGCCGGGAGCCCUGAAAAAUUACAAUUCACUGAGCAACUGGGAGCAGCUUUGGGAAUAAAUUAUAAACAAGAUAAUUUCUCUGAAAAAGUACUGCAAUUCACUGAAGGCAGGGGAGCUGACAUAAUUCUAGACUGCAUUGGUGGAUCUUCUUGGGAAAAGAAUGUUUCUAGCCUUGCAUUAGAUGGACGAUGGGUGCUAUAUGGCGCCUUGGGAGGUAAAACAGUGGAUGGAGACUUGCUUGGCAAGCUUUUAAGGAAGAGAGGCCAUCUUCUUUGUACUCUCCUGAGAUCAAGAAGUUUACAAUAUAAAGCAGAGCUCGUCCGGAGUUUCACCGAGCAGGUUUUGCCGUUCUUUAAGUCAACAGAUUCACCCCUGUGCCCUGUGAUUGACAGCACAUUCAACAUGGAGGAUAUUGAAAAGGCUCAUCGACACAUGGAGGAAAACAACAAUAUUGGGAAAAUAAUUAUAAAAAUAGGAACCUCUUGAUAGUAUUCCUCAUAGAUUUAUGCAAUGUAUAAUCAGUGACACUAUCUAGCAUUAGGAUACCUAUGGAUUUACAGUAUAUAAACCAACAGUCAGCACAGUGUCAGUUAUUCAGAUACUGUAGUAAUUAUUAUUAGGGGAAGUUAAUUGUCAUGGCUACAGAAUGAAGAAGAGAUAUGAAGUUUAUGACAUCAUAAGACAUCACACGACUCACAUAUAGUGGGUGUAACUUUAGAGUGAUGCAAAGAAGAAAGCCUCAGUGGUUAUGACCACUUAUAAAAUGAAGGCCCAUGUUAAACAUUAGACAAAAACAUCUGAAAGCCUAUAAACACCUUAGGAAGGUUUAUGACAGCUCCAAGGCACACAGCUUCCAAUGAAAAUAAGGGCCUGGGAAAUUGAUACAUUUUAAAAAGUCAUGGAAAUUGCUGUAAAUACAGUUAUCUGCUCUAAAAAAAAAAUGUAAUGUGACUAGUAAUUGCACUUUGUGUGUAAUCUAUAAUAUGAUUUUUCAAAAUCAUUAUACAAGCCACUGGAAAAGGCAUGGAAAUGAAUUGGUCAAAAGGUGCAGGAAUAUGUUUGUUUUUGUUUAAUCUACAGUAGGCUUCUGUAUGGCCAUGGUUUAUAAUGAUUUAGUUUAGGCCUAAUCCAUUAGGAAAAUCUCUAAAGAGUCUUUUACUAUUAAAGGGAGCUAAUCCUUUUGUUAUAAACAGUCUCAUUUUAAAAUGAGUUUGAUUGCUUUUUUUAUUUUAUGAUGCUUCGCUGUGGAGUGAUUGUUGAAGAUAUGAAAAAGGAUCAAAGAUCUCAUUUGCUUUACUUGUAUGUGGGUCAUUUUUCUUUUUCUGGAUCAGUCCGUAACAGUCAUGUUUAUUUGUAUGGCGCUUUUCACAAAGCAGCUUUACAGAAAAUCCUAUUGUAAUAUCCGUAGCGUAAUAAAUGUCAUAAAGUCCCCAGUGAAGGGCUUCAUUAUAAAAAGCGUAAUUGAAAAUCAUGCCUUAAGAUUUUUUCUUUAAAGGG